UGUUCUCUCGAAGGAAGAGGCCGAAUUGGUCCCUCCUUAAAUACCUAAUCCCCUUCACUCUUUCUCUUCACUUCAAAACUUCCAAAUCAAAAUCCCAGAGCUUCCAAAAAUCCCAUUUCGAAAUUUUCUCCAAAAUCUCCUUUUUCUUCUCAUUUCAUGGAUACCCAUGACGAAGGUUCAGUUCUGGAUCUCAUCAGGAACCAUCUUCUUGGUGAUUACGCUUCAAUUGAAAGCUUCAUUAGUGAAAUCCCGAACUGCUUCUCUAACGUGCCAGCAGAGAAGGAAUCAAUUACUGGAGAGACGUCAAGUUCUGGUUCCUUCUGUUCUCAAUCAGUGAGCUCUGGAUCUCUAAUACCUCCUCCUAAGCUCAAAAAUGAGGUUUUUGAUGAUGGGUUUGCAUCUCCAGUUUCCAAAUCUCUGGGCUCAGAUUCAGAAAUCUCAGUCUUUGAUUAUAUAAACCUUAAUGAAAAACAGGACAGCGGAGAUGUCAAUCCCAGUAUGCUCUGUUUCAGCGGUAAUGAUCAAAAUAGUUUCUUUGAAUCAGAGACAAAGCCUCAAGUUAUCGAUUUGGCGAAAUCGAACACUCCAACUUCUGGUUCUCGUCGACCAUCCCUGAAGAUCUCUCCCCCUCCGGCAAAAAUAAUAGAGUGGUUCAAUUUCAGCCAAGCUGAACCUGUUCCACCGGUGAUCACAGACCCAGUUCCAGCUCCAGCUCCAGCUCCGGCUCCAGCUCCGAACCCCAAGGCUUGUGAUUCAGAGGAGAAAAGACACUACAGAGGCGUGAGACAACGUCCAUGGGGGAAGUUCGCUGCGGAAAUCAGAGACCCAAACAAGAGAGGAUCAAGAGUUUGGCUGGGAACCUUCAACACCGCCAUUGAAGCUGCCAGAGCUUAUGACAGAGCAGCGUUCAACAUGAGAGGAAGCAAAGCCAUUCUCAACUUUCCUCUCGAAGCUGGAAAGUCAUCCGAACCAGUCUCUAGCAAUUCCAGGAAGAGACGCAGAGAAGCAGAAACAGAGGAACAACAAGAACAACAAGAACAACAAAACUUACCAAUGAAGUCUAUAAAGGCAGAGUUUUCGCCGGAAAGUGACGUCACAACGGCAGCUCCGUCAGCCGGCCCGUUAACGCCGUCAAGUUGGACGACCGUUUGGGAGGGUGGGGACGUUAAGGGUAUCUUUAACGUGCCUCCAUUGUCGCCGUUUUCUCCACAUCCUCAGUUCGGGUGUACACAGCUAAUGGUCAUAUGAAAUGUUAAACGGUGCCGUCAGUAUCCGUUUGAGGUUCUAUUGUACAUAACGGUUCUGACAAGUCGUUGUACGCGUAUGUAUACGUAUAAGCGUAUAUAAAUACGUUGCUCGUACUUUUAAUUUAUGAAAAAUGUCAAAAAAAAAAAAAAAAAAAAUUGAGUUUGAGAAUUACA